AAAAAAGCGUAUUUAAUUGUUUAAACAGUUAAUAAAAUAAACACAAAACUAAAAAGAAUUAAUUUAUAAAACACAACCAUAAGGCCUAGAAAACUAAUCAGAUGAAGUAGGCUACAAAUACGGUCGAUGAGCUGAGACAACAACACAAUAUUUUAUCAUGGUUGCUGUAAUAUUUGCUGCAGUGUUGGUUGCCAACCUUUGUAUCUAUCCUGGUGACUUUGCGCUCUAUGAAUAUGAGUACGAUGUAAGUAGGCCUAUUCUAGAUCUGAAAACGUGCGAAAAGGGUGCUAUGUUCGAGGAAUUCAGUGAACGAGAAAUAAUGACAACUGCAACUGGAAAAGAUAUUUUAUGCGACACAAAAACAGAUGGCGGUGGAUGGAUACUGAUGCUGCGCCGUUGUGUUGGAGAUGUCAACUUUGCAAGACCUUGGUCCGAUUACAGGGACGGAUUUGGAACCUUAGAUGGUGACUUUUGGCAAGGAUUGGAACAAGUACACCAGUUAACCCGAAACGGAAAAUGGGAGUUAAGAGUGGACAUGAAGUUUGGAGGUAAAAAUUACUACGCCAACUACAAAUCUUUUAAGCUCGACAGCGAGGCCCAGUUCUACACGCUUCACGUUGGACAGUUCUCAGGAAAUGUUGGUGAUGACCUUCAUUAUCACAACGGCAUGAAGUUCUACACAACAGACAGGCCUACAACCACAUAUUGUACUAAAGAUUACUCUGGGGGGUGGUGGUACAACCUUUGUUAUCGUACCUAUCUGACCGGUGAAUGGGGGUCUAAAGAAUGGGCGAAAGGUAUCCAUUGGGACCAAUUGUCCACAGGCAACAAAAAUCUAGAUUCGGCGGAGAUGAAAUUCCGAAAAAUAUAAGUUGUCCAUGUCCUCAGUAUGUCUUCAGGCUUUUGGCACACUUAUUUUAAUGCUUUGACAAGUUAUUACAAUUUACAAAAAGGUUUAUAAAUACAAAAAAACAAUUAGUCCAUUUUAUAAACACCAUCAGACUUCACGAGUGGGGUAAGGACUUCCACUUUACACGCGAAUCUGACUACUAAAUUUUUAUCUUAAGACUGCAUGAUUGUGUCCGUUGAGCUUGUUCCUAAAAAGAUUAUAUUUUUUAAAUAUCUGCUGUCGUUUUUUGUUUAAAAGCUGUUCUAAUAAACGUUGCUUUGAGGCUUCAAAC